AUCUAGUACCUGUUACCUACCCAUGUACCUAUAGUAUUGGGUUAUGUUUGCAUUGUGAAGGUUUUGCUUCUCAUUUUUCAGUCUAUUAUUUAUCCCUCCUCGUAUUUAAACGUCGCAGAUGUUUUUGAUUCUGUGAAAGUUAACCCUAGCCCACUGUAUUUAUUUUCGUGAAUUAGGAAAAAAGAAGGCCUGCAAGGGUUCAACCAAACAUCGAGUAUCACCUCUAUUUCGGUACAAAUUGAAGCUAAAAAUGGCUAUCAAAAUGUUCGAAAUCCACAGGAAAGUGUUACUGGCCGCUGUGUCCAGUUCACUUGUGGAAGCUGGCUUCGACGCAGCAGAACAGACAGCGUUGGAAACUUUGACCGAAAUGUUACAAAGUAUUAUCGUUGAAAUAGGAAACAGCAGCAGAGUCAAUCAUGAGCUGGCCGGGCGCACAGAGCCUUUGUUCGCAGACGUCAUCCUGUCACUCAUCAACAUGGGCAUUAGAUUAAGCGAACUCGAGAGUUAUGCAAAAAGGCUAAACAAAUCUUCGGUCCCAGCGCCGAUUAAGACGGUCGAACCGAAAGAGCUGGAUAUCCUCCAAGCCGGUGUGAAACAAGAGCAUCCGCCUCACGUCCCGUCACAUUUACCGCCGUUUCCAGAUCCACACGCAUACAUCAGAACUCCUACUCAUAAACAGCCUGUAACUGAGUAUGAAGCAAUUAGGGAAAAGUCCGCUGUCCAGAAAAGAGAUAUCGAAAGAGCCCUGAAUAAAUUUGUUUCGAAAAUCAGGGAAACUGACAGCUUGUUUUUGACACACGACAGCAUGUUUCCACUGAUCGCCUGUAAACCUCAGUACUCCCCGUACCUAACAGCGCUCCUUCCAAAAGACCAAAUUUUCGAAUACAAUGAGUACGAUAUGAACAACAGAAGCCCUCAAAGGAAAAAAGGGAAGGAGAUAAAGGAAGAGGAUGAAGAAGAAACAUCGAAAAUUGACAACGACCAAAUCGACAACCCUUAUCUCCGACCCGUCAAACUCCCUCCGCCUAAAAUUAAAAUAAAAGAUCUCCUAACUCCACAAUCUUGUUAAAUGUAAAUUAGCCUUAAGAGUGUGUUUUAUGACAUGCAAUAACACAGUGAUUUAUUCUGUAAUAUUUUGUUAAUAAUAAAUAAAAUAAAUAUAUUUAUAAUGUU